AUGAUCUCUUUUCUCGAGUUCUGGCUGUGUACGCUGACACUAACCUCGGGGGGAAUCGUCCACCAGGCUCUCACUGGCGGAGGGCAUACAGCACUGCUAUUCCAAGUGCUAGGCGCUCAUUUGGUUGCCUUUGUUGCCUUUGCUGUGUAUUGGAUGAUCCUCUACCCCCGUUAUUUCACUCCCUUCGGCAACAUCCCAACUCCUUCGCGUCGAAGAAUCCUGACAGGAAACUACUCAGUUCUGUUCCCCGAUAACGCAUGGGUUCCUCUGCGGGAACUCGCCGAAACCACCCCCAACGAUGGCCUCCUCCGAAUCUACUCUGCGUUGAGCGGCGAGGCCCUCCUGGUGACAAGCCCGCCGGCGAUCAGAGACAUGCUCACUGUCAAUGCCUUUGACUUUGCCCACCAGGACCUAGUCAAGAUUGCCAUCAAGCGAUUCACGGGUAGCAAUCUUGGUUUCCUUAGCAAUGAUGACUUCAAGCUCCACCGCAAAAACAUGAUGCCAGCAUUCACAGUCCCACACGUCCGAAACUUAACCAGCAUCUUCUGGACCAAAGCUCAAGAAAUGGCGCACUGCAUGUCGAGCGACCUCCGCGCAGACCCCUUCGCCCGGAUCAACUUCCGCGAAUACGUGUCUCGGGCUACACUCGACAACAUCGGGCUGGCGGGGAUGGGCCACGAUUUCCAGACGCUCAAGCAGCCCGAUAACGAGCUGCGCAGCCACUACAGGAAACUGAUCCACGACCCGACCCGCGUGUUUAGCUGGGUGGGGCUGCUGAGUCGGUACUUCGACAUGAGACUGUUGAUGAGGGUGCCGCUGAAGAAGUUGAUCGAGAUCUCGCAGUCGGCGAACUACCUCCGUGCUGUCACGAUGAAGGUCAUUCAGGAGAGAAGCGAGAAGCUAGUUGAGUCUGGGGAUAACGGGACCAAGGAUAUCAUCACUGUCGCUCUCGCAAGCGGUGUUUUCGAAGAACGCCAUCUGGUCGACCACGUCAUGACCUUCCUAACAGCGGGCCACGAGUCCACAGCCACGGCCUUUGAAUGGACGAUGUAUGAGCUAGGCCGCCGGCCGGAGAUGCAGCGCCGGUUAAGGGACGAGUUGCGAGAGGCAAUAGGCACGGAUCUGGCGGCGGUGGACUUUGGAUUACGGGUUCAGAAUCUACCUUACUUGAAGGCGUUCUGCAGCGAGCAGGAAACUACGCUUAUGGGCCAGCGGAUCCCCAAGGGCACGGUUGUGCUGUACUCGGCCGAGGUGUCGAACCAUGACAAGACGCUUUGGGGGCCUGAUGCGGAUAAGUUCAAUCCGGAGCGGUGGAUGGGCGAGGGGCAGGCGAAGUCUGGUGGUUCUUCGAGUCAUUAUGCCAUGCUUACAUUUGGCGCGGGCCCACGGAAAUGCAUUGGAGCGAAUUUUGCCAGGGCGACGCUCGAGUGUCUUGUUGCGGCGGUGGUGUCUACGUUUGAGAUUGAGCUUGCGAAUCCCGAUACGGCGGGGAGGUUGAAGUUCGGGCAGACGAAGAAGUCGGCAGAAGGGGUUUACGGAAGGCUUAAGUUUGCACGACCGGUGGAAGUCUAA